GUUACAAUCAGUUCGCACUCCCAUCCAAAUAUCUACACGCCCAUCCCGCAGUGGACCAGCCUUUGCAUGAUCUCGGAAAUGCCCCUGGAACCGAGCCAUCUAGCUCCAGCUGCUCCCCGCAACCACGAUGACGUCGCGUCUCAGCCCAAACCCAGCGCCCAACCCCCAACGGACCCCGGCACGCCCACGACCCUCAACUCACACCACCACCACCGCCGCCGCCGCCGCCGCCGCAGCCCCUAGUAGACCCAUCACGCCAACGGCGGGAAACGCCACCAGAGUCAGCGGAAACGGGGGCGACGUCCCUUCCCUAGCAGAUACGACGCUACUAAACCUCGACGGCAGCCAUGCGCGUGCCGGCAGCGGCAGCGACAGCGACCAGACACAAACUACUCCCAGCCACACAGAGACACCGCCGCCGCCCAUGAACCACAUCCUGGGCAUCGGUUCGCCACAGCCGUCGCCGCUACGGCUGCACUUUUCCGCGCCGCUCCGUUCGCCCGGCCUCUUCGGCGGCGGCGGCGCAACGUCUCGGUUCAGCGACAGCUUCGGCAGCAGCAACGGUCCCGAGGGCGCGAACGGAAAAACGGACGACGAUGACGACGACGGUGAUGCGCCAGACGACGACGUCGACGACUACGACCCGACGGUGGUUCAGGAGAGCCUGGACGGCCACAGCUCUGACGACUCCGACUCCGAUGACGGCAGCGACGGCGACAGCGACGUCUCGCCCGCAGCGCUGCGCCGCAAGCUAGCCAGGCUGCUCGAGGACCAGCUGGUCGAGGUGCUGGCGUACCUCAAGACGAGCGCGGGCGCGCGGCUCGAGACGGCCGACUUUGUCGUCGUCCAGGACCAGAUCGACAACGUCAUGGACGUGUUCCGCCGCCGCGGCUGCCCCAGGCUGCUCGUCGGCCCUCGGCCGCCCAGGGGCGCGGCGGCGGCGGCGCCCUCGCGCACCGUCAGCAUCUUCAAGAACAUGCCCCUGACGCCGCCCCGGCCCCGCACGCCCGUGCACGAAGCGCUGCUGGACGACGGAGGCGACGGCAGCGAGGCGGCGGCGGCGGCGGCGGCGGCGGCGGCGGCGGUGGGACUGGUCCGGAGGAGGCGGGUGGAGCGGGCGGCGGAAAAGGAGGCGGACGGGCAGGGCGGCCGGGCCCGGAAGCAGCAGUCGGCCGGCGUCGUCGGCCGCGGCUCGUGGAGUAGUAGUAGCUGCACCACGGCCGCGAGCGCGGGCAAGCAGCGGCCGCUUUCGGUUGGGGGCGGCGGAGGAGGCGCCGGCCUCGCUGCGUCACCGAUGCCGCCCCAGGCCGCGUCUACCCCGACCGACGUCGCGAACCUGGUGGUGGCCGAGGCCGAGAAGCUGUGUCUGGAACUGGCCGCCGUGGCCAAGAGCCUCAGCGACCGCCGCCAAGAGUCAGAUCAUAUACUUGGCCUCCUUGUCGAGGGAAGAAAACGUGCGGAUGACCGAAUCCUGGAGCUGCUGCAGCGUGUCCAAGAGCUCGAGGACGAGGUUCGCGAAAACGAAUCCGAGCUCUUUCACAUCCGUCUCCAGCUAAAGGCCGUCGAGCUCCUCUCGGCCAACAGCGACGGCGGCGGCGGCGACGUCGGUCACCGCGGGCACCACGACCCGGAGCUGGUCGAGAGCAUCGAGAACUUCCGCGAGGACUUUGAGGCCGUCCAGGAGCGCUGGCGCGAGCGCAGGAGCUGCCGCGGCGACGGCUCCACCACCACCGCGACGGGCGGCGGAGGAGGAGGUAGCGGCGGCAGUAGCUUUUGGAGCCCACUGCGGCAACAGCAGCAACAGCAGGGGCGGCGCCGGCGGGAUACAGCGAGUUACUUCACCACGCCGACGCGGGCGGGCGCGAGUACUGGGUCUGAAUACCUGCCGAGCCGGUAAGAUGGUAGGGAGGAGUGGGCGUUUUGCGCCACUGUCGCCAUCUUCAUGCCAGAGCGGACACGGGGCUUAUUUUUUUUUUUUUUUUUUUGGAGCUUUGCAGAGUUGGUUCGUCCCCAUGUUUUCAGUAUGAUACCCAAUCUUGUAUUCUCUUGCUCACGAGGUUUGACGGUGUCAGGGACACUUCCAGGACAACCAAAGACUGGCGUUGGGGUUGUCUGUCCUUGUGUUAUUCGUGUCCUAUCGAUCGCCUACCUAGCAACGCUUCAUGUCUAUGAUCAAAAUGCAAAACGAUUUCGUGCCCA